AUGAAAUUCAUACAGAGGGAGUGUUAUUUUGGACAAGACCGAAUAGAGUUCCUGGAGCAUAAAAUCUCUGGCAAAGGUAUAACCCCAACUGUCACAAAAGUAGCCACUGUGAGUAACUUUCCUCGACCCAAGAACCUUCGUGCAUUGAGAGGGUUUCUAGGUCUGGCUGGUUUCUAUUGUCGCUUCAUUAAAGAUUUCUCGAGUAUAGUCACGCCUCUUUACAAGCUAUUGAAAUUAGAAGAAAAUUUUAGCUGGAAGAAGGAGCAACAAGAAGCAUUCGACGAAUUAAAGAGUAGGCUCACUUCAGCUCCCAUCCUCGCUCACCCUCAGGACGAUGUUGGAUUUGUUUUGUACACAGAUGCAUCGCACCUUGCUCUUGGUGCUGUUCUAUCUCAGCCUGGCGAUAAUGGGCUAGAAGGUGUUGUGGAGUAUGCCAAUGAUGACUACUAUGAGUCUAUGGUUUUAGCCCGAACCUUAAAAUUGGCAGACGAACUGUUUGAAGUUCAGAUCAAGGCACGUGAGAACAUUCGCAAGGCCCAACAAAAGCAGAAGUGGAGCCACGACCGACAAUACCCCUUGCAAAGUUUCGGGAUCGGAGAUAAGGUGUUAAGGUACCGGGCUAAGCUGGGAAAACAAUUAGGUGAUAAGUUAGAGGAAAAGUGGUCAGGACCAUACUGGGUGCAUGAUCUUGUGGACCGAAUGGAACCCGAUGAAGAGCUGAAAGUCAAGAAGGGGGAAGUGAUCUUUCAAUACCAGGACCAAGAGAUCCACGAAGGGUUUGGAAGGACAGAAAGGAGGACCAAGGCUCAGCAAAUCCACAACCAUUUGGCUCUGUACCUUCAAGACUUGAACCACCCCAUGGGGACCGAACUUGCAAUGCCUAUCGAAGCCGCUGGAGAAACCUGGAGUGAAAAACUAAGUAACGUGUGUAGCGACGUCGAAGACCUGAACCCAAGGACCCUAUCGAUGGCCGAAGUAUUGGAGACCUAUUAUAAAGUAGGAAGCUUGCUGUUUGAAAAGGGUUGGAGAGAUGAAGCACGAAGGAAGCUGGCCGAGCGACUCCUGGCCCCUAAAGUGGGCUUAGUAUGGAAAAUUGCAAAGCGAGGAGAUUUUUCUGAGGCAAUGUUGGCGGAAGCAGAAAGGUUGAGAGAGGAGGAGAUUCGAAAAAUGGUGAUGAGUUCGCAGAAGCUCACUCUUUGA